GACAGUUGAUACGACUAAGAAAACGUGGAAUUUAUUCCCGGUAAAUUGAGAUAACCUCUGAUUCUUGCGACUAUUGUAGGUUGAAAGGUGAUCGCAACCGUAUUGUUCGUAACACAUUUUAUUUAUUUGUUGUUGCAAGGAAGUGAAUAAGAAUGGAGGACGAUGUUCAGUUGUUGGUUUCGAUUGGCCUCAGUGAACAGAAAGCUCAGGAGACAUUGAAAAAUGCUCAGGUCACCAAAAAUUUAAAAACAGCCAUCAAGGAGGCAAAGGAAAGUAAUUCAGAAAUUUCUCCAGAGAUCGGCAUUCUGCUGUAUCACCUUGCUUCUAAAAUCAAACCUCAAAUCCUGGACAAACUGGCCUUUCUCUCCAGCUACAUCUCUCAGAAGAAGCUCGACACUAUCCAACGAGUGGACGCUGCACUGUCUCAUCUUCUAGAUACUAUUCAUACCACCAUCAAUAUCGCAGAGUUCGAGGCUGCCUGUGGCGUUGGAAUCAUAGUCACUCCAGAAGAAAUUGAAGCUUCAGUCGAAACCCUCAUCAGGAAGCACCUUGAUGAAAUAAAAAGCAAACGGUACCAAUUCAACGCAGGUCCAAUGAUGCAGCAAGUCCGUAGCAUCCUGAAAUGGGCGGAUGGGAAAGCGAUAAAAAAUGAAGUAGACCUCCAGAUCCUAGACAUCCUUGGUCCUAAAACCGAUGCAGAUCUCACACCAAUUAAACCGCAGAAGCAAAAAUCCAAAUCUGAAAAGAGUGUUAAAGACAAUUCAAACAAAAAGGACAAUGUUUCGAAAGAGAAUGGAAAGGUGGAGAAGUCUAAAAAUGAAAAGAACUCCGACGAUGCAUCGCGGGACUCAGCCAAAACAAUUACAGAAGUGAUGGCUAAGAUUCAGUUUCAUAAACCUGGAGAGAAUUACAAGACCGAGGGGUAUGUUGUUACCCCACACACUCACAGAUUACUCCAGGAGCAUCUGCAGACUACUAAAGGUUUAGUCAUUACUAGAUUUCCUCCAGAACCCAAUGGAAUCUUACAUAUUGGACAUGCCAAAGCCAUUAACAUUAACUUUGGAUACGCAGCGGCGAAGAACGGUAUUUGUUACCUCCGCUAUGACGACACGAAUCCUGAGAAAGAAGAGGAGAAAUUCUUUAUCGGUAUUCGCGAGAUGGUGGAAUGGUUGGGAUACAAACCCGCCAAAAUUACCCACUCGUCGGACAACUUCCAACAACUUUAUGAGUGGGCAGUUGAGCUAAUCUCUAAGGGCCAUGCCUAUGUUUGUCACCAAAAAAGCGAAGAUAUGAAAGGAUUCAAUCCUCCACCGUCCCCCUGGCGAGAGCGACCAAUUUCUGAGAGCCUUCAGCUAUUUCAGGACAUGAAGAAUGGCUUAAUGGAAGAGGGAGAAGCAACUCUAAGGAUGAAAUGUACCCUAGAAGAGGGUAAACAGGAUCCAGUUGCUUACAGGAUAAAAUACGCAUCUCACCACAGGACUGGCGAUCAAUGGUGCAUUUAUCCAACUUAUGACUUUACACACUGCCUUUGUGAUAGUAUCGAGAAUAUCACCCAUUCACUCUGCACUAAAGAGUUCCAGACUAGGAGGAGCUCUUAUUACUGGCUUUGCAAUGUUUUGGAAGUUUACUGUCCAGUACAAUGGGAGUAUGGCCGUUUGAAUGUCAGUUACACUGUCGUUUCAAAGAGGAAAAUUGCAAAGUUGAUUACCGAAGGGAUCGUUAGUGAUUGGGAUGAUCCUAGAUUGUUCACCCUGACUGCCUUAAGAAGAAGAGGCUUUCCUCCAGAGGCUAUCAAUAAUUUUUGUGCUCAAAUGGGAGUGACUGGUGCUCAGGCUGUCGUUGAUCCCAUGGUAGUAGAAGCUGCUGUCAGAGAUGUGCUGAAUGUGAAAGCCAGCAGACAUAUGGUUGUGCUCGAUCCGUUGAAAGUAACCAUUGAGAAUUUCCAAAGGGAUGGGCAGACCGAUGCCGAAGGGGUACGCUUCGAGGUGCCUGAUUUUCCUACUGAAGUGGAAAGGGGACAUCAUCAUGUGGAAUUUGAUGAAAUUAUUUACAUCGAGGCUUCUGACUUCAAAGAGGAAGAGGAAAAAGGUUUCCGUCGCUUAACGCCAAAACAGUCUGUUGGUCUCAAAUACGCGGGUCUCGUUCUGACUCUGCAGAAAAUCGAGAAAGACGAGAGUGGAAAAACUACUGGUCUUGUCGUAAAGCAAGAAUCACUAACUGAGAAAAAUAAGCCCAAGGCGUUCAUUCACUGGGUUGCAAAACCAAAACUCAUCUCAAUUCGCCUCUACGAACGCUUAUUCAAUCAUAAAAAUCCUGAGGAUACGAACGAAGUUCCCAAUGGCUUCCUCAGUGAUAUCAAUCCAGACAGUAAGAAACAAGUUGUGGGAUACAUUGAUGCAAGUCUCGAAGCCAUCGCCAAGCCGUUCAAUCAGUUCCAGUUCGAACGAGUUGGAUUCUUUUCAGUUGAUCCUGAUACCAAGCCAGGAAUGUUGGUCUUCAACAGGACGGUAACGUUGAAAGAAGAUGCUGGCAAGGUGUAACUAAAAACUCCAACGAGUCUAACUGCAAAUUAUAUGAAGUGCUCGAAUUUAUCCAUACAAUGACGAUAUUAUUAUUGAAGUGGUAAAGUAUUUGAGAAACACAUGUUUGUUUUAUGAAGUGCAAAGAAUACAGUAAUCGUUGGUUCCAUGGAAAAAUGUGAGGUUUUUUCCUCGAGUCAAUAUUUCAUUACAUACUAAUUUGGAAAAAGUCCCCUAUUUAGAUAGAAGGUCUUCAAUGUUUUUUUGUCAAACUUUGCUUUUAUGUGAUUUAUAUCAUUACUCUUGUAUGAUAAAGGAUUGUAAAUUGUUCUAGUUACCUUCAAGAAAGUUUUCUACGUAAAUGUUUUUCUACAUCUUGUGAAGAAUUAUUUUGUAGUCGUUGUAGCAAGAAGUUUAAAAUAGAGAAUUAUGUCUAUGUU